CGUCACAGUAUCCACGGCAUGAUGGAGGAGGAGAACACUAUCAGGCCGCAUCAAGAGAUCAGGCAACUGACGCUCGAGGAGAAGAAGUUCCUGUUGGCUGUGGAGAGGGGCGACAUGGCAGGCACUCGCAGAAUGCUACAAAAGGCGCAGGAUACGGAGUAUAUCAAUGUUAACUGCGUGGAUCCGUUGGGACGUACUGCAUUGCUAAUGGCCAUUGACAACGAGAAUCUAGAGAUGGUUGAGCUGUUGAUUAACUACAAUGUGGACACGAAAGAUGCACUGCUGCAUUCCAUCUCUGAGGAAUUUGUUGAAGCUGUAGAGGUUCUGCUAGACCACGAAAACGUCACCUUUCACAGCGAGGGCAACCAUAGUUGGGAGUCCGCUUCGGAGGAUACUUCGACCUUCACGCCAGAUAUUACUCCCCUAAUCCUGGCGGCACACCGUGACAACUAUGAGAUCAUCAAGAUCCUUUUGGAUCGGGGUGCCGUUCUGCCCAUGCCCCACGAUGUGAGAUGUGGCUGUGAUGAGUGCGUCCAGUCUCGGCAGGAGGAUUCCCUCAGGCAUUCGAGAUCCCGCAUCAAUGCCUAUCGGGCUUUGGCCAGCCCUAGUUUGAUAGCACUCUCCUCCAAGGAUCCCAUCCUCACGGCCUUCGAGCUGUCCUGGGAGCUGCGCCGGCUCAGCUUUCUUGAGCACGAAUUUAAGAAUGAGUACCAGGAGCUGCGAAAGCAGUGCCAGGACUUUGCCACCGCCCUGCUCGACCACACUCGCACCUCCCACGAGCUGGAGAUCCUGCUCAACCAUGAUCCCACCGGUCCCGUUUACGAGCACGGCGAACGGAUGCAUUUAAACCGCCUAAAGCUGGCCAUCAAACUGCGACAGAAAAAGUUCGUGGCCCACUCGAAUGUGCAGCAGUUGCUAGCGAGCAUUUGGUACGAAGGAUUGCCUGGUUUCCGAAGGAAGAACAUGGCAUUGCAGGCUGUGGACAUUAUUCGGAUCGGCAUCAUGUUCCCUAUCUUUUCCUUGGCCUACAUCCUGGCACCCUAUUCCAACAUUGGCCAAACCAUGCGCAAACCCUUUAUCAAGUUCAUCUGCCACAGCGCCUCCUACUUUACCUUUUUGUUUCUUUUGAUGCUGGCUUCUCAAAGGAUAGAGACCUUUAUUGGCGGCUGGUUCUUUGCCGACUCCUCGGGAAUGCUCAACAGGGUGGAGGAGCUGCCCACGAAGCGUGGAGCCAAGCCCACCUUUAUAGAGUGGCUAAUUCUGGCCUGGGUCAGUGGUCUCAUCUGGAGCGAGGUGAAACAGCUGUGGGAUGUUGGUCUGCAGGAGUAUCUCAACGAUAUGUGGAAUGUUAUCGACUUUGUCACGAACUCCUUAUAUGUGGCGACGGUAGCUUUGCGCGUCGUAUCUUUUUUUCAGGUUCAAAAAGAGAUGAUAUACAACUCACAUGCUACAGAUCUGCCUAGGGAGCGAUGGGAUGCCUGGGAUCCGAUGUUGAUAUCGGAGGGCCUAUUCAGUGCGGCGAACAUUUUCAGUAGCCUCAAGCUGGUUUAUAUAUUUUCGGUGAAUCCGCAUCUGGGGCCACUGCAGGUGUCGCUGUCCCGGAUGGUGAUGGACAUCAUGAAAUUCUUCUUUUUAUAUGUCCUGGUCCUUUUUGCCUUUGGCAGUGGUCUUAACCAGCUGCUCUGGUACUAUGCUGAUUUGGAAAAGAAGCGUUGUCCUGAGGUUUCUCCCAUGAGUGCACUAUUAAACAUGAAUGGAACUAAUGAUCCGAAUGCAUGCAUUGUGUGGCGUAGGUUCUCCAAUUUAUUUGAGACCACACAAACCCUUUUUUGGGCAGUCUUUGGCCUGAUAGAUUUGGACAGCUUUGAGUUGGAUGGCAUCAAGAUAUUCACAAGAUUCUGGGGCAUGCUCAUGUUUGGAACUUACUCGGUUAUUAAUAUUGUAGUGCUGCUUAAUCUGCUCAUUGCCAUGAUGAAUCAUUCGUAUCAACUGAUUUCGGAACGUGCUGAUGUUGAAUGGAAAUUUGCUCGCUCAAAACUUUGGAUAAGUUACUUUGAGGAGGGCGGAACCUGUCCACCGCCAUUCAACAUUAUACCCACUCCAAAGUCCAUUUGGUAUGCGAUCAAGUGGAUGCGCCGCGUCUUUUGCAGCGGAUCCUCUGCCGCGCGACGGGAACAUCUCAAGACAAUAAGACGAAAGGCUCAGCAGGCCAGCGACCGGGACUUUAAGUACCAGCAGAUUAUGCGGAAUCUGGUCAGGCGAUAUGUAACCGUAGAGCAACGGAAGGCCGAAUCCCAGGGUGUCACCGAGGACGAUGUGAACGAGAUUAAGCAGGAUAUUUCCGCCUUCCGGUGUGAGCUGGUGGAAAUACUCAAGAACAGCGGAAUGGACACAAAUGUGACGGCUGGUCAGGGAGGAGGAGGUGGUGGAAAGAAAAACCGACAGAAGGAGCGCCGCCUAAUGAAGGGUUUCAAUAUCGCACCACCUGGCUCUACCGGAUCAUUGGCUCCUGUGGCCGAGUUCUCCACCUCGUUGGAUAACUAUGACAACCAGCAUGAGAUCCUCAGUUCCACACUAUCCACCCUCUUCACGCCGAACUUCAUGCACAAGCGUCAGCAGAGUCAAGUCGGAUCGGGUGGUGGAUCGGAGUCACCGACCACGCCCACAAAUGGUCAGGGAAAUCAGGGGGCGACAAUAGCCACUAGUAGCCAGGUCACCAAGUACAACAAGUCCGCUCUUAAGCCGUACAAUAAACGGAUUGCGGGACACAAAAAAAGAUGGGGAACCCUAAUAGAAGCCGCGAAGGUAGGCAACGUUAGCAAAAUGCUUGGUCGUUCAAAGUCUGAGGAUUCUGUCUGCAACUCCUCACAUACAUCCACACCAGUUCAUGGUCAAAUGCGGGUUACCUAUGCCCAGAAUUCUCCCCAGCAGGGAUAUGGAUACCAUGGAGAGACCAGUUCCACGACCACAUCCACACCGACUCCGACGAUUUCGGUAGUCAGUAAUUCGCCAGCAGCCCACGUGGGUGUCGGGUCGCAUUUCUUUCACACGACAAGCGGUCUCACUGCCAUUGCCGCCCUAAAACGCAAACGCAAAAAGUUCUCAUCUAGUAAGAACAUUUGCCCAGUUACCGAAUCUGUGGCAGCAGCGAAUGCUGCUGAGAUUUUAAAUGAUAAGACACUGAAACGCGUGUCUAGCUAUCCGGCAGCCGAGGCCGGAGUACAGCACAAGGAUCCGGCUCAGUUGGUCAAGCCUCGCCGGCAUGAGCAAACCCAGAGCCAACACGAUUCGGUGGAGACCAACUCGACCUUCACGCUGUCCAUCGAUCCAUCCAACACGUCUGUGAACUCUAGGGAACCGCUGAUCAGUACUAGUUGCGUUUCGAACGCGGGAGCUAUUGGCUGAAGGAAUUUUCAGAAGAUAUAGGAUGCCAGAAAUACCAAAGAUUAUGCCAAGAAACUGAAGGCAAGUCGUCGAGGGCCGGAGAUAACAAAGAUAAAGCAGCUAAACUUAUUAGAUGGCACACCUGAAGCAUAUACUUAGAUACUAUAUAUACAGAUACACAUUGUUGACAUUUUUGAUAUGAACGACAUAAUGAGUGUGAAGCUAAACUAACUAAGGAAGCUAUACUUAAACGAACACAGCCUAGAUUCUAAAUUACCUCACCAUGUUAUGAUAUAGAGACCAUUCAGAGAAAUAGCACACAUCACUCAAUAACUGUUAAUCAAUACUGGAAACUCAGAAAUAACUACUAUUUUGCACAACUGAAAUGAUAUAUCCUGUACCUUAACCAAAUCUAUCAACAUCACCCUUCACAACUUACUAUCAAGUCCUUAUAAAGAUGAAUAAUGAAGCUAUUUUCGGCAAGCCGAAGCUUAUAUAACAGGGCAGUUAUGAACCAAAAUUACAAUAGGAUAUAGUCGUCCGAUUUUUAUACAGCUCAGAAUGUACUUGUAUGACUCAAAUAAAACACUGUGGUAAAAGCUUCUUUGCAUCACAAUGAACUCCUCCUAAACCUGAACCAUAAAGCACACAUAUCAUGCAAUCGCUUUAUAGAGAAACCUUUUACACCAAAAACAAAGUACCAAUUCAAAGUCGAGUUGGAAAUAUGUAGAUCCAAUAAAGUCCUUUACCAAAUGCAUAUACAAAUACGAAUACUAAACUAUCCCAUAUCGAUGUUGAACGUUGCCUUAGCAUGAAACAUAUUUUUUAUACACAUAAGUUUUGGAUGAACAUUGAAUUACUGAAACGUACUGUACCCGCAAUGAGGGAAGCGCUGUGUAUUUGUUGAUUUGAGAGAAAGGAUUUUGAAACCAAGGAUUUGUUGUUGUUCCAGCAAGCAAGCUAGUAAGCCGAAAAUCAAAGCAAAGCAAAAGCAAAUGCAAAGAAAAAACAAAAAGUAAAUAAAUCAAAAGAUCAAUUUUAUACACCGAUUUUAACCAACACAACAAACAAUAAUCGAAUCGCAUACUACUAAUGUGUUUGGAUUUUAUGGGUAUAAAUAUCUGGUCUAAGAUGUGCAUAUCCAUAGCCUGCACACACGACGAUUUUAGCAUAUAAAUAAUAUAAACAUAUAUAGAAUACAAAUAUUAAUAAUCGAAAUUUUUAGAUGAUUUUUGCGUUAAAGUAGACAAAUACUCACACAAAUACACGAAUAAUAUACGGAAUAUCAACGAAAACAAUAACAAGGAAUGUCAUAUAGCAUUUUAUAUAAAUACUUUCUUUUGGAAUAGCAGAACUAUGUUUCACGAUGGCAAGAAAUAUCCUUGCAGCGGCCCAGAAGAAAAAAACUAAGAAGGCAAACGAAUUACCAAAUACAAUGUUAGAAUAAUAUAAAAAUUGUUAUUUGCACGGAAACAAAAACUAAUAAAAACUAUAACGAAGCGUGUGCAAAAGCGAG